AUGGCGUCCACUGUCGAGCCCCGCGCUAUUCCGAACGAAUCCUGGAGCGAGGCAGUCGCAGGCGACGCGUCUCUGUCGGGUCCUUCUCUUACGCGCCGAUCGCGGACGAGAACUAGAUCGAAGACAGCUGCUCCAGGAUCACGAAACCGAGGGAAAAGUGCGGGGCCUCCGACGACAGGGAGUAAGAGAUUUGGCGACGCGGACGUGCCCGUACCAGGCUCCGACGCUAUGCACGAGUCGAUGGCCAAAUCCACUGCGAAGAGUACGAUGGACACGCGAGGGGAGCGAGAUAGUACAUCGACGGGUGCUACUCGAGACUAUCGGGUAACUCUGCAGGACACGGGUUUUGCGCGCCAGGGGCAGACUGAAAGGGUGAAUGCAGGAGAUUCGCCCGGCGAGCUAUCCUGGAACGAGGCCACACGUCGGAAGAGGUGCCAGAGCCUUCCUCGGAAGUUCGGUGGCAAGCCAAGUUCCUCGUCAGAUUCGUCCUCCCAGCCGAGCCCAUCAACUCCCAUACCGUCAAUGCGAACGUAUCCUAUGGUCAAGACGCCUUCGCGUGACGGAAUACGGAACUCCAUCAUCUCCCAGCAAUCCGCUACAUCGUCCUCCAUAUACCCGGCAUCCACGAUCACUCGAUCCGAUACCAUGUCCACUCGGAGGUUCUUCUCUGAUGACGACGACGACGUUCUCGAUUCGCGACUGCAGGAAUAUAUCAAUUUCGACGUGGACGAUGUGUCUGACCGACUCCGGCUGCUGGUUACUAAUAGCUAUUUCCUCCCCCCUGCACAUUCAAAGCCCGCCCUGCCCAAGCCUGCAUUGAGUGUGCCCAAGAACGCAACCAAGUCUAGCAGUCCUGGUUUUUUAGACAUAUUCCGACUGGGGAAAUCGAAGUCUAAACCCACCACACCGGAAAGCGAGGCUCCUGGCCCUUUCCUGCCCGUGCUGCGCACCACAUCGGACUCUACGACAGCGUCGGGAUGGUUCCCUGCGCAAGCUCCCUCACGCUCUGCCCCUCCUUCUCCUGCUCCGCAUGAGUAUAUCCGUCAGGUCAGGGAAUCAAAUCGUACUCCGAGGGUCGUGGUGGUGCGCGAAAAGAUGGACGAUCUGAUUGCUGCCGCAAAGGAAGCGGAAGAGGUUUUCAAGGCCCGCCUGGAUAAUGGUCCUGUCCCGCUUCCAGUGGACGAUGUCAUUGACCCCACGGAUUCUGUUGACAUGCCCCAUCUGCAGUCACAGUCUCUGACCGUUGGGGACAGUAUGGAUGCUGCUGUCUUGGCUGAUGCCCUCGUGCCACCUGCGACAAGUCCUGGCCUUUGGUCUCUGGAUUCACAGGAAGAGAAGUGGAGGAAAGCUCUACUGCACGAAGCGGUUGGUCACUCUUUUCACAGCACCGGUGUUAGAUCUUCGCAGAGCAGUCCGUCUGCUUCCCCUGCUCCCUCCGUAGCUCCGGCUCGAAGCUACACCUCCCCUGCGGCCCGGUCCUCCAGGGAUAAGCUCGCGAGACCGAUCAUCGAUCAGUCUCUCUUUGACCGUGACGAGGAUGAACGAGCGAACAUUAGUCAUAGCAAGCCAGAAACCAAAUACGCCGGUCCCAAAGCCGGGUCACCUGACAGUUCGGUCGCCCUGCAGUCUGCCCCGCCGACGGCGAGGCGGUCGUUCCAGGCGCCUGGUAGAGUUGAGACGCCUUCUAUCCCUCCUGUGCCUUUAGCGCCUCCACCGCGCAGACCAUUGAUAAAUCCUCUAUAUUCCCUGUCUCAGGUGGACCUCUCCGUAGGACCAUCUCGAGAGGCUCAAGACAAGGCUCGUAUCGUCCGGAAGUCUAUGUCGUCUCCAGUCCUUAGUCAUGUUCAUGAACGUGAUAUAACUCCAGGACGGUUUGUCUUGACUCCGCCUCCUAUUCCGCCACAAGGGACACGGUCUCAGCUCUCUCCCGUUGCAACGGAAGAUCUCGAUAAUCCUAGUCCUUCUCCAGUCUCGAUGCGUACUGUUGAGACAGUACUUGACGGGGCUCGCUAUUCGGACGACAAGCCGGGUAGUACGCGAUAUGCGACCCCCGCGGAUUCGGACGAGAUGCUGCCUAGGCCAUCCAUCAGUGUAUCUGUUAGCACAGAGGGUAGACCAUCCUUUUCCGACUAUUCACAGCCAUCGCCAUCGCCUACUGCGUCGGCUUUCCAAGACGCCUUGUUUGAGCAUAGGUCGAGCACGAGUUCCAUCCCCCGCAUCAGCAUAUGUGAUGAGGAGCAGGCUCAGACUUCGGUAUACCAUGACGUCCCUCGUCGUUCGUCCUCGUCAGCGUCUAGGCGGCCGUCACCCCUCAGGAAUCAGGCAGUCUCCCACCGAGUCCCUUCGCCCCUUAUAUCUGGACAUAGCGGGCAGUCGUCUGACGACACGUCCGGCGAUGUAUCCGACACAGUCUCUCCGAUUCUUCUUCCGAAGGACAGCGAAGCCUCUGAUUUCCAGUCUAUGUCUGGUUCACCCAUCUCCAUAGAGCCGAUACUUGCACCACCGCCAACAACACCGCCUUUGCCGGACUUCAACACAUCUCCGGACGCGUCCUCGGGAGCAAUAUCUGGACGAGCCAUCUCCGCCCCCCCUGGUCGCCUGGCAUUGCAUAUACCAUCAGAGUCAGAUCACCAGACAGGCCCCGUCUCCGCUUCCCCAAUAGCAUUCUUCGAUAGUAUAGAAGAACAGUCCAUCGCGUUGGAUGCUCUUGAAUCAUCGGAUGAAGAAGAUAAUCCUACCGACUUAAUCAAUGAUACCCAGAGUGCGCAGAUAUAUAUGGAUACCCGGACGAACGCUUCGACCAGCACGUUCUCACUUUCUUCUCACCAGACGUCCUUUGCCAGACACAGCAACUAUUCUACCCCAUUUCUUGUGCCUGCGCAGGCUUCCGUUCUCUCUCUCCCUGUGUCCGGAGGUCCUUCCUUUGACCUCGAACGAAACAGACCUGUUGGUAAUGUUCCGCCCCGCGGAACGUUUUUCGCUGGCAAAAAGGGGAAGAAAGGGGUGGCGCCUAUAUCUCCCGCGGAUUUCGCGCAGCUCGAGCGGAAGCAAUCGGCUGGUUCCUUAUCCACAGCCAGCUCUCAUAAAUCCGACUCUGAAAUCCCCGGAAGACCGAGUGGAAGCGCUACAGACAACCGCACGAACCCCAGAGAGCGGGAUGCGUCUCUGGAUAUGUUCGAGGGCAUGCUUACGAAGCACCUUCAGACGGAGAGGGACGUCAUGACUAGGAUAGCGAACAAUGUUUCCAGUCGCAAGGGACGCCAUCGCGAAUCAUGAUCGUGCGGACGCUCGGGCUUAUUGAAUUAUUGUUUUAUUUACUUCAUCUCCAUGCUUUGGUCACAUCUGUCUUUGCAUUAGUCUCUUGAAUUGUGUUGUUCUGCUGCAUGCGUUCAGUCUUCAAUCCAUUAUCGAGGAUUCCCAGAGUAACGAUUAGAUGAAUAUUGUGAGGCAAGGACCUACGGCUCAAAUCGG